AUGCAAAACCAUGGAAUGGAGUUCCUGUUUAUUAAAGGCAACACUAAAUGUGCAGAUUCCACUUAAUUACAAUCUGUUAGACAAUAUCAUCCUAAAUUAAACUCACUCCGUAUGAAAGGAUUUUUAUAAUUCUUUGAUCUUAUGAAUAAACAAUAAUAAGAUCAACAAUUAAUGAAAACAUGUUCUCAAUGCACUCCACAACUAUUACCAACUGUCGUUUCUUAUCCUCCGAGAAUUGAAAUACAUAAUAGAAAAUCCAGUGAAACUAAAUUAAUAAUUAAGAGAAAUCUAUUUGAAACCCUUCCAGAUUCAAAUUCAUUAGAUAAAUGUAAAAAGGAAUUAAGAGUAAUCCCCUUGAAGUAAUUUUAAGUCAAAAAAGCAACAACAAACAAAAAUGAAUUAAAUAAAGAAAAUUAAGAAAUUAAUGAUUUACCAGUCAUGAUAGCAUUCACAAACAAUAUCAAUGUUGUACCUCCAGAAAGAACCUUUUAUAAAGCAUUUAUUACUAAAGGAAACAAUGGGACUUUAAUUAGGUAAUGUUUAAAAUUGAGAUCUUGGUGGAUAUUGAUAGAUCAACCUUGUGAAGAUUUAAAUUUGUAUUGGACACAAUUAAGAAAAUAAUAAGAAUAUGAUUCAGUUAAACGAUAUUAAUUGGAAAAUGUUUAAUUUACAAAAUAAUAAAAAAAGUCUAUUAAAGAUAAAAUAAAAUUUAAUAUUGAAGAAUCAGAAUUUUAGUUGUUUAAUUAAAGUACCAUUCUCAGAGUGCAUAACCAUUUAUAAUGCAAUUUCUAAGUUUGUAAUAAAAAGGCAUUGUUUUAUAAUAUGAAAAAUUAUUAUCUUUCUCUUAAUGAAGAUCCAUUUUAAUAUAUUCCAUUAACUUAUCAUGUUAAAACAGGUGUAAACGAUCCAGCCUUUAUAGAGUUUGAAAACUUUGCAAAAUCAAAUAAUAGUAAUCUGUGGAUAAUCAAGCCAGGAGAAUCAUCAAAUCGAGGAAAUGGCAUUUAAGUAGCCAAUUCUAUAGCUAAAGUUAAAUAAAUAAUCUCUCAAUAAAACCUUCAUUUAAGCAAUUCUAAAAAGACAUUCAUUAUCUAAAAAUAUCUAGAAAAACCAUUGUUAUAUAAUAAGAGAAAAUUUGAUAUUCGAUGUUAUAUGCUUAUGACAAGUGUAAAUAAUACAUUUAAAGCUUAUUGGUACAAAGAAGGAUACAUAAGGACAAGUUGUAAGGAAUUUAACUUGGACGAUGUUGAUGAUAAGUUUACUCAUCUCACGAAUGAUGCAGUAUAAAAGAAAAACCAAAAUUAUGGGAAAUUUGAAACAGGAAACAAAAUUUCUUAUAAUGAAUUUCAAAAGUAUUUAAAUGAUCAACAUAAUUAUAACUUCUAAAUAAUACUUGAUCAAUUAAAAAAACUCAGCAUAGAUAUCGUGAAGGCCACUUAUUAACACUUAAAUCCAAAUAAACUUUUCUAUUCUUUUGAAUUGUUUGGAUUAGACUUUAUGAUUGAUUCAGAUAUGAAACCGUGGUUGAUUGAAGUCAACACAAAUCCUUGUUUAGAAACCUGUUGUCCAUUGCUGGCUCGUUUGAUAACUCAUUUAAUAGAGAAUACAGUAAGGAUUGCUAUUGAUCCUAUGUAUCCCCCCCCACUUAGUAAGAAGAAGCAUCUAUAAGAAUCAAAGAAUUUAAUGGAGCUGGUAUUCUCGAGUACAUUGAUAAAUGAAAAAACUUCUUAACCUAUAAUUAAAGAGGAUGAUGAAGAACACUCGGAUGUUGAUGAAGACGAUUGA